CACGUAUUAGCCGCAACGUUUAUGCAAAGGAAAUUCUACCAAUCACAAUGUGCGCAAGUGACCUUCAAGUGCUCAGCAUCUCCAAAAAGCCAUUUGUGCCGCUGUCCUAAAUCCUCGUUCCUUCACAGCAUAAUAAAACUGCAUCAAUGAACAUUUGUUGAACUCCACAACGUCAAUAAUGCUAUGGAUAGGCUUCAAAAGUAUAUAGAUGAUAAUUUAAGAGUUAUAAAGUUAUUACCUACAGCCUUUUUUGUAUGCGGAGUAUGUCUUCUUUCAAGGCAUUUUUAUCUUUUUACUAAGUUUAACUCUAUUCACUCCAUACCGUCUGGUGUAUACAGUCGUCAAAUACGCUUGAAAGGGUUAAUAUACCAUGUGAAUCACACAGGUGGUGAAUUGGAGAUAUUUCAUUUACCGAAGAUUAGAACACCCUUCCACAGCUCACUUGGUGAUACAAUUAAACUUUGUAUCCCAGUAGAGCAUUCUGAAUUAAGCAGACAAUGGAUAAAAGAUAAUAUUCAUGUGGGUGAUCGCAUUACCUUCAUUCCUGUAAUGCCGAUUGAUGCAGAAGCAAAACUUUUGGCUAUUGUUUUUAAAAAGGUAACCCAUCUUGUUGUUGUUUUUAUUCAUACUGUUCAAGAGGUACUUUUUUAGAAAAGAUAUAUCAUACUAUUUGUUAGCUAAUGGAAUGGUCAAUCUUGAAAAUUAUUCAAACAACUUGCCAGAAAAUUAUCGAAACAAAUAUGUUGGAGCAGUUGUAAAAGCAAUGAAUAAGAAAAAAGGCAUUUGGAGAGAAGAAUCGGAAGUUUGGAAAUCUUGUAAAUCAGUCUUUCAACGAAUCAAACGUCUAUUCAAAUCUUAUGAAUAAAGCUGUUUUAUCUAAA